AUGAUCAAGGCUACCGCUAUUGCGACGCUCCUCCUGGCAGCAUCUGCUACCGCGGCUUCCACCCCAAAGUUGACCUCGCAAGAUGUCUACGAGAGUAUGCUCGAGUGGAGAAAUGCAAAGCUCAGCUCGAACACCACCGUCGAGGCCCGUGGUGACAAUGUCGGCUCUGAAUGCUGCCCAGUAAACGGCUUGCCCCAAAUCACCGGCAUUCUCCAGUACGAUGCUACGUCCAUGGCCAACGACCUGGGUGGAGUUGCCCAAGUCAAUUUGCCCGCCCAAUCGUGCACUCUUGUAAGCUGUGACGAUACCGGUGGUGGUCUAACCGCUUGCAACUUCAACGCCUAUCCCAUUUCAGUUGCUGGCACACAACUCGGAGCUUUCUCGGACUGGCUGUCCUACUACUGCACGUCUGAAGGAUACACAUGCGGUGUUGGCUUGGACUACACCAUGGGUUACAAUGUUUGGACCCAUAACGGAGCCUGCAGCAUUUAA